AUGGACGCGCUCACACGCGAGGCGGUACGCGCUCGCGAGGAGGCGCUGAGGGAGAAGGACAGGCAGCUGGCGGCGCAGCGCGAGGAGAUCGACGAGCUGCAGAAUCGACUCCGCGACGGCGCCGCGGCAUCGCCUCCUCCGCUUUACGUUGAUCCCCCGCGGCUUGUGAUGGACGACGACGACAAGACGCCCCGCCAAGAGUCCCUGCAAGCGUCCCUGGUGACGUCACCAGUCACUUCCCCCAUCUCCACGCUGGACAACACCGUCCUGCAGAUCGUCCGCACUCUGAACUUCGAGAUCUCCGAGGUCGCGUCCCGGGUCACGAACACCUUCCGCGUCGCUGAGACUCCGGAGCCGCUGAAGGUCGCCGCGGCGUUCGAACGCGCGCGGGAGGCUGUUGGCCCAGUCAUGGCCGAGCUCCUCGAAUCCAUCCACCACCAGGAAGAUCCGAUCCUGAUCGACAUCGCACUCAAGGCGGACAUGGUAGCGUUCGUCGCUGAAAUGGUCUGCUCGUGGGACUUCCAGCCCCAGAGCCGGUCCGUCUUCGCUGGGGCCUACCGGGAACUCCGGCGCUCAGAGUCCCAGCGCACCGCGGCCGAGUGGCGCGCCCGCGCACGCAAGUACUCGAAGCGCAAGCUCUACAACGGGCGCGACCUCGCCGGCGACUUCGCCGCGCAGCUCGCCGAGCGCGUCGCGGACCUGCUCACGCUCGCGCACGGCGCGGUGCCGCCGCCCCCUGCGCUGUACGCCGCGCACGCGGGCCACGUCGACGCCGUCGUCCGCGCCGCGCUCGACCUGCAGCGCCUCGCGGGUGAGGACGUCCUCGCGGCGGACUACGAGGUGCACGUGGUGCGGAUCGACGAGGCGUUCGACGGCGCGCGCAUGGAGGACAUCUACCACGGGGAGAUCGGCGCCGCGGGCCCGCCCGGGACCGUCCCGCGCGUGCUUGCGACGGUUGAUCUCGGGCUCCGGCGCACGGUCAAGGUCGAGGGCGCUGGCGAGGGCGAUGGGAUUACGACGAUGAUGCUGCUGAAGCCGCAGGUCGUGCUCGACACGAUCGUGUACGAGCUCGGGUUGGUGGAUGAAGAUGAGGUGGCUGGCGCGGCGCCGGUGCCGUCUGUCUGA